AUGUCGAAUAUUUAUGCUUUAGAACCACAUACAAACGCCAAGGUUAUUUUAUACACAACUGCUGGUGACAUUGAGAUUGAAUUAUGGGGGAAAGAAGCACCAAGAGCAUCACGUAACUUCAUUCAACUCUGUCUUGAAGGUUACUAUGACAACACGAUAUUUCAUCGCAUCGUUCCAGGGUUUUUAGUGCAAGGAGGUGAUCCUACUGGAACAGGACAAGGUGGAGAAUCUAUUUAUGAAGACGGAUUUCCAGACGAAUUUCACUCACGUUUACGAUUCAAUCGACGUGGACUCGUCGGUGUCGCCAACACAGGACAAAACGACAAUGGAUCUCAAUUUUUUAUCACACUCGAUCGAGCUGAUGAAUUGACAAAGAAGCACACUUUAUUUGGCAGAGUGGCGGGUGACACGCUAUUCAACGUGAUGAAGAUGACCGAGCUUGAGCUUGAUCAGAACGACCGGCCACUGUAUCCUCCUCGUAUCAAGAGGACUGAGGUCGUAAUCAAUCCAUUUGAUGAUAUUGUGCCUCGUAUCUCUGAACGUGAACAAAAAUUGGCUAAAGAACUUGAGAGGAAAAGGGCCGCAGAAGCUGCAGAACAGGCAAAAAAGAAGAAGAAGCCUCAAAAGCAGCUAAACUUGUUGUCUUUUGGCGAAGAAGCAGGAGACUUGAUGCCCCCAGAAGAGAAAGAGGCAGAGAAAAAGACAGUAAAAAAGAGCGCGUAUGAUUUUGUGGAGACAGCAGCACCACCUCCAGAAGAAUUACUCCAAGAACUACAAAAACCAGUUAAUAAGGAAAGGCAGAAACAAGAAGAAAAAGAACGACAAAAGGAAGAAGAAGAACGAAAAAGACAGAAAGAGGAGGAAGAGCGAAAGAAGCAAAAGGAGUUGGAAGAAGCAAGACGAAAGAGAAAAGAACUGGAAGAGAAAAAAAAGCAGGAAGAUACAGCAGAGUCAAGGGCAAGCGCUAUUGAAAAGUUAAAGCAAGACAUUCGUAACCUGUCCAAGACAGCGUCUCAAGAGGAAGCAGAACCUGUGGUCAGAAGGGAAAAGAAAAUGUCCUUGGUCGAGCAGGAACGUGAAAAGUAUGCAGGUCAAAAGAGAAAAAGAGCAAAAAAGGGAGAUGACUCGGAUGUUUUCAAUAAACUCAUGGCUUUCCAAAAGAAGCUUUCUUCUGUUAAGGAAGAAACAGUGAUUCCAAAGAAGGAAUUACCGCCCUGUGAGCUUCACGGCAUCCCAGGCUGUGAAUCAUGUCGCGAUAUGACAAAUAUUGAAGACGACGUCACCGAUGAAGGAUGGAUUGCGCACAAACUGGUGUUUGAGAAGGACUUGAAAGGAAAAGACCUGAUGCGGCGAAGAGAGACCGUGGAUGAUUAUGUUGUGAUCGAUCCUAGAAGCAGACAGGCCAAGGCCAUUCAGGAAGAAUAUGAACGAAAGAGAGGCACGAGGACAGGUGAUUCUCAAAAGAGAAACCAUGAUGAGGAUAAAAAAUAUAGAGAAGAGAAAAGAUCAAGAAGUGAUCGAUAUCGUAGAAGCCGUAGUAGAUCAAAAGACAGACAUGAUAGCAGAAGACGAUGA